GUGCGGAGGAUCUGCCUGGCUCCCCUCGCUCCUCUGGGCUGCCCCCUCUCUUCCCCUGGGACUUAGCACUUAGACCUCUGCCCCAGCUGCGGAAGCGGGUGUGUCCCGAAGUGACCAAACUUUGCCUUGUUGUGACUUUCCCUGCACCAAGCAUAGGGGCCCAACACCACCCCAAGGCACACUGGGGGCCAUGAACCCAGGGAGGUCAAGGAACAGAAGAGCUGCCUGGGGGCAGGGUGGUUCUGGAAGGCUUCCUAGACUGGGCAACUCGGAAGUAGGCGCUAGACACUGCACAGUUUUCAUUAGGUCCGGAAGACAAGAGGGGAUUCCGGCAGGAGCAACAGCGUGCGAAGGCGUGGCCGUUAGACACGGAAAAGCAGGCGGAUGUAAUGGCAGACGGAGGGCAAAGGCUAGGCGAGCGAAGGCCGAGUGCACAGCUGCGGGAACUGCCGGCUCCCAGCCGCACGGAUGUUGUUUACCUUUCUCUCGCUCACGGGGCCCUGCCAGACCAGUGCAGCCAGCUGCCUGGCACCCAGCGAUUCCUCCUCACUGCCAGCAGCACCCAGGCGACGUGGUAGACAUUUACCAGCGGGAGUUCCUGGCACUUCGGGACCGUUUGCACGCGGCUGAACAGGAGAGCCUCAAGCGCUCCAAGGAGCUCAACCUGGUGCUGGACGAGAUCAAGAGGGCCGUGUCGGAGAGGCAGGCUCUGCGAGACGGAGACGGCAAUCGCACCUGGGGCCGCCUGACAGAGGACCCGCGACUGAAGCCGUGGAACGUCUCGCACAGGCACGUGCUGCACCUGCCCACUGUCUUCCACCACCUGCCGCACCUGCUGGCCAAGGAGAGCAGCCUGCAGCCGGCCGUGCGCGUGGGCCAGGGCCGCACUGGAGUGUCGGUGGUGAUGGGCAUCCCGAGCGUGCGGCGUGAGGUGCACUCGUACCUGGCGGACACUCUGCACUCGCUCAUCUCGGAGCUGAGCCCGCAGGAGAAGGAGGACUCCGUCAUCGUGGUGCUGAUCGCCGAGACUGACCCACAGUACACGGCAGCAGUGACGGAGAACAUCAAGGCCCUGUUCGCCACCGAGAUCCACUCGGGACUCCUGGAGGUCAUUUCCCCUUCCCCCCACUUCUACCCCGACUUCUCCCGCCUCCGAGAGUCCUUUGGGGACCCCAAGGAGAGAGUCAGGUGGAGGACCAAACAGAACCUGGAUUACUGCUUCCUCAUGAUGUACGCACAGUCCAAGGGCGUCUACUACGUGCAGCUGGAGGACGACAUCGUGGCCAAGCCUCACUACCUGAGCACCAUGAAGAACUUCGCCCUUCAGCAGCCCUCGGAGGACUGGAUGAUCCUGGAGUUCUCCCAGCUGGGCUUUAUUGGGAAGAUGUUCAAGUCGCUGGACCUGAGCCUGAUUGUGGAGUUCAUCCUCAUGUUCUACCGGGACAAGCCCAUCGACUGGCUCCUGGACCACAUUCUGUGGGUGAAAGUCUGCAACCCGGAGAAGGAUGCGAAGCACUGUGACCGGCAGAAGGCCAACCUGCGGAUCCGCUUCAAGCCGUCCCUCUUCCAGCACGUGGGCACGCACUCCUCCCUGGCAGGCAAGAUCCAGAAACUGAAGGACAAGGACUUCGGGAAGCAGGCCCUGCGGAAGGAGCACGUGAACCCGCCGGCUGAGGUGAGCACGAGCCUCAAGACGUACCAGCACUUCACGCUGGAGAAAGCCUACCUGCGCGAGGACUUCUUCUGGGCCUUCACCCCCGCCGCAGGGGACUUCAUCCGCUUCCGCUUCUUCCAGCCGCUGCGCCUGGAGCGGUUCUUCUUCCGCAGCGGCAACAUCGAGCACCCGGAGGACAAGCUCUUCAACACGUCCGUGGAGGUGCUGCCCUUCGACAACCCCCAGUCGGACAAGGAAGCCCUGCAGGAGGGCCGCUCAGCCACUCUCCGGUACCCACGGAGCCCCGACGGCUACCUCCAGAUCGGCUCCUUCUACAAGGGUGUGGCAGAGGGUGAGGUGGACCCUGCCUUCGGUCCCCUGGAAGCCCUGCGCCUCUCCAUCCAGACCGACUCUCCGGUGUGGGUCAUUCUGAGCGAGAUCUUCCUGAAAAAGGCCGACUAAGGGAGGUCUUCUGAGGGUGCACUGAGGAUCGGCCUGGAGCCCACGUUUCCAGGGAUGUCGUCGCUGCUGCCCCCGGAGGGCCAGGCACGCUGCCCAGGCCGCAGGAUUGGGCCUGGAGCGGGCUCGGGCCGGCCUGGGGUCCCGCUGGCCCGGAGGCCCCAGGAGCUGGUGCUGCCAGCCCGCCGGGCUGCGGGAGGAGGCAGGCGGCCCCCACACUGUGCCUGAGGCCGGCCCGCGCCACCCGGAACCGUUCGCACCCGGCUGGCUCCCGUCAGGCUGUUUUAGAAGAGCUUUUUCUUGGGUGCCACUGUCUCUGGCGGGAACACUGGAAUGCAGAUACUACUUUAUGUGCUGUGUUUUUUAUUCUUGGAUACAUUUGAUUUUUUCACGUAAGUCCACAUAUACUUCUUAAGAGCGUGACUUGUAAUAAAGGAUUAACGAAG